AUGGGUAAACAAGGACUCCGCUACGCGGCGAAAGUCUCCUUCGAUAAACCGGCGGCAGAGCAAGAGUGUCUGCAUAACCGCUGGCACCCCGACAACCCCUCCUACGCCACCAUCACGCCCGGCGAAGCCGUGAAGAUCGAAUGCGUUGACUGGACCGGCGGGCAGAUCGGCAACAACGACUCUGCCGACGACGUGCGCGAUGUCGAUCUGACGAAGAUCCACUACCUCACGGGGCCAUUUGAUAUCGAAACGGCGGAGCCAGGCGACGUGCUGGUUGUUGAGAUUCAGGAUGUGCAGCCGUUUGACGAUCAGCCAUGGGGGUUCACGGGGAUCUUCUCGAAGGAGAAUGGUGGCGGGUUUUUGGAUGAGAUAUAUCCUAAGCCAGCGAAAGCAAUCUGGGACUUCGAAGGCAUCUUCUGCUCCAGCCGCCACAUCCCCGGCGUGCGCUUCGCCGGGCUCAUCCACCCCGGUAUCCUGGGCUGCGCGCCCUCGCAAGAAGUGCUCGAGACGUGGAACCAGCGCGAAGGCGAGCUGAUCGCCACGCACUCGCACCUAGAGCGCGAUGUCGCGCAGCCGCCGAACCCGCAGUCCGUGCAUGCUGGGACAGCGACGGGCGCGGUCAAGGAGAAGAUCGGGAAGGAGGGCGCGAGGACGAUUCCUGGCCGGCCUGAACAUGGCGGGAAUUGCGAUAUUAAGAAUUUGUCCCGCGGCAGCAAGGUUUAUCUUCCUGUGCAUGUUAAGGGGGCUAAGUUCAGCGUGGGGGACCUUCAUUUUUCGCAAGGAGAUGGAGAAAUUAGCUUCUGCGGUGCGAUUGAGAUGGCGGGUGUGAUUACGCUGAAGUUCAGCGUUAUGAAGGAUGGUGUUGCGCAGCUGGGCAUGAAGUCGCCCAUCUAUGUUCCCGGGCCGGUGGAGCCGCAGUUUGGUCCUGGACGAUACAUCUACUUCGAAGGCUUCUCGGUCGACGAGCACGGAAAGCAACACUACUUGGACACGACGGUUGCGUAUCGACAGACGUGUUUGAGGAUAAUUGAGUAUCUGAGGCGAUAUGGCUACGACGACUACCAAAUCUACCUCCUACUCUCAUGCGCUCCGAUCCAGGGCCACGUCGCGGGCAUAGUCGACAUCCCCAAUGCAUGCACAACUAUGGGUCUUCCGAUGGAUAUCUUCAACUUCGAUAUCUCCCCACACGUUCCUGCCGAGAAGAAGGAUUUGGGAAGUUGUGCGUUUGCGAGUAAGUAG